AACAUACGUUUGUCUGUGAAGUCGCUUGACGAUGGCUGACAAUACAGCUGAUUAAGUCGUGCUGGUGUUUAGUUAGUGCGUAAUUUUGUGAAUUGCACAAUUAAUUAAUCUUUGUAGAUACAUUCUUAAAGAACGUAUAAUGGAGGAUCUGUCAAAACUCGAGCGUUUGUCGCUUGUUUCCAAGAUCUGCGUUGAACUGGAGAAUCACUUGGGAAUCAAUGAUAAAGAUGUUGCUGAGUUCAUCAUAUCACUUGCGGAGAAGAGCAAACGUUUUGACAAAUUCAAAAAGGAACUUGAAGAAAAUGGAGGUGACCAGUUUGCUGAAUCAUUUGUUGAAAGUCUUUGGCGACUAAUACAGCACAUGAUGCCAUCAAUAACAGCUGGUCCAGCACCUGUAGUAGGUAAAGAUGGUUCAGUAAAGUAUAAAAAUGACAGUGACAAGAAGAGAGCUUUGCUUCCAUUUCUUGCUAUACCUAAUGAUCCCAGUGUCUUACAUAUGUUAGAUGAUGAACUUAAGAAGCCAGUGAAAGAAGAAAACCUCAAUGACAACAAAGAGAAAGAAGGCGAGCGAGAGCGCAGCAAGAGUAAAAAGAAGAAAAAGAAGAAGGAGAGAGAUUCUGAUGAUGAAAAGUAUUCAGUUAAGACGAAACAGGAACCCAAUGACAAUGUUAAUAUCAAAGUUAAAAAGGAGAUUGAUGGUGGUGUUGAUGAUCUUAUGGCCUUUUUAGAAUCCCAUGCUCCAUCCAAACAAAAGGAGAAGUCAAAGAGCAGGAGUCCAGAUAGAGGAAGAAAGAAAAAGUCAAAGUCAAGAUCGCGAUCUAAAGAAAGAAAACGAAACCGCAGUAGGAGUCGAUCAAGGUCUGCAGACAGGAAGAGAGGCCAUGGCCAGAACAAAGAUAGAGACAGAGAUAGGCGAGGUAAAGACAGGGAAUCAAGGCGAUCCAGAAGUCGGGAUCGGCGAUCUAGAAGUCGGGAUCAGCGAUCUAGAAGUCGUGAUCGGUAUCGGGAAGAUAAACAUUUGAGCAGUAACAGAGGGAGAAGGAGCCGUAGUCAUGACAGAGACUAUGAAAGAAGUAGACAUAAAGACAGAAAGGACCGUGACAGAAGAGAAAGAAGCAGGAGCCAUGGGAGAGAGAGGUAUAGUAGGAGUAGGAGCAGAGAUCGUGACCAAGAAAGAGUUAGUAAUCGAGAGGCCUUUGUUACUCAUGUCCCAGAUGAAAAUCCAGUUGUUGGAAAGAUUUAUGAAGGUAAAGUGACAAACAUCUUGAAUUUUGGAUGUUUUGUCCAGCUUGAAGGUUUAAGACGUAGGCUUGAAGGUCUGGUACACAUUUCACAGUUACGUCGGGAAGGACGAGUUACUAAUGUGUCUGAUGUUGUAAUGCGCGGCCAAAAAGUAAAGGUUAAAGUGUUGUCCUUCACAGGACAGAAGACUUCAUUGUCUAUGAAGGAUGUGGAUCAAGGAACUGGCAAAGACCUUAAUCCAAAUGUAACUCCUUUUUUAGGUAACACCCUUCAAGAUGAAGAUACCAUGAGGAACCCUGACAGACCCAUGUCUCUCAUGGAACUUACUAAAGGUACUGAGGAGGAGGACUUAGCAACAUACAAGCGUGUCAACCGAAUCUCUUCUCCCGAACGUUGGGAACUAAAACAAAUGAUGGCUGCAAACUGUAUCAGUAAAUCAGAGUUACCUGACUUUGAUGAAGAGCAAGGAGUCAUAGGAGGAGAGAAUGAUGAUGAGGAGGAUGUUGAAAUUGAGUUAGUUGAAGAGGAACCUGCCUUCUUGAGAGGCUAUGGUCGAGUAAGAGAAGAACUUAGCCCAGUCAGAAUAAUGAAGAAUCCUGAUGGGUCUCUCGCACAGGCUGCUAUGAUGCAGAGUGCUUUAGCAAAAGAACGUAGGGAAGUUAAGAUGGCACAGAGGGAGAGUGACAUUGACUCUACUCCAUCUAAUUUAGGGCAGAAUUGGAAUGAUCCUCUGCCAGAAAUUCAAAGAAAUGAUCCUACAAUGUCUCGUGGAAUGCCUUCCCAACAGCAAGAGGUACCAGAGUGGAAACGUCACGUUACAGGGGGAACAAGAGGCUCUUAUGGUAAAAAGACUAACAUGUCUCUUUUGGAACAGCGGCAAAGCUUGCCAAUCUUCAAACUCCGAGAACAGCUAAUUAAGGCUAUUCAUGAUAAUCACAUUCUCAUUGUUGUUGGGGAGACAGGUUCAGGAAAAACCACACAAAUAACUCAAUAUCUGGCUGAAGCUGGAUUUACUGCAAAGGGAAAGAUAGGAUGCACACAGCCCAGGAGAGUUGCAGCUAUGUCUGUUGCUAAGAGAGUGUCGGAAGAAUUUGGUUGUAGGUUAGGCCAAGAGGUUGGAUACACUAUUCGAUUUGAGGAUUGCACAAGUUCGGAAACUGUUAUUAAGUACAUGACAGAUGGUAUGUUACUCAGGGAAUGUCUAAUUGACCCAGAUAUGUCAGCUUAUGCUUGUAUUAUGUUGGAUGAAGCCCAUGAAAGGACAAUUUACACUGAUGUUUUAUUUGGUCUUUUGAAACAAGCAGUAGCAAAGAGGCCUGAACUUAAGCUUAUUGUUACAUCAGCCACCUUGGAUGCUGUAAAGUUUUCAGAGUAUUUUAACCAAGCGCCCAUUUUCACAAUCCCUGGUCGAACUUUCCCAGUUGAGAUCUUAUACACUCGAGAACCUGAGACAGACUACUUAGAUGCUGCUUUGAUUACUGUGAUGCAGAUUCACUUAUCAGAACCUCCUGGAGACAUUCUUGUUUUCUUGACUGGACAAGAAGAAAUUGAUACUGCAUGCGAACUGCUGUAUGAGCGAAUGAAAGCUUUAGGGAGUGACGUACCAGAGCUCAUCAUUCUUCCUGUGUAUUCAGCAUUGCCCUCAGAAAUGCAAACAAGGAUAUUUGAACCAGCACCACCAGGUUCCCGGAAAGUUGUCAUAGCUACAAACAUUGCUGAGACCUCAUUAACCAUCGAUGGUGUAUAUUAUGUUGUGGAUCCAGGCUUUGUGAAGCAAAAAGUAUAUAAUCCAAAAACUGGAAUGGAUUCGUUGAUGGUAACUCCAGUAUCACAGGCUGGAGCCAAGCAGAGAGCUGGACGUGCUGGGAGGACAGGACCAGGUAAAACGUAUAGACUAUAUACCGAGAGAGCUUAUAGAGAUGAGAUGCUUCCUACAAAUGUACCUGACAUUCAGAGAACUAACCUUGCUGCAACUGUACUACAGCUUAAAGCAAUGGGAAUAAAUGAUCUUUUAGGAUUUGAUUUUAUGGACCCUCCUCCAACAGAUGCUAUGGUUAUGGCCUUAGAAACGCUUCAUUCUCUGAGUGCUCUGGAUGAUGAAGGUUUGCUCACACGUCUGGGGAGGAGAAUGGCAGAAUUUCCUCUGGAUCCAAACCUGUCCAAGAUGCUUAUUAUGUCUGUCCACUUACAGUGUUCUGAUGAGAUUCUCACUAUUGUUUCAAUGUUGUCUGUGCAGAAUGUAUUUUAUAGGCCAAAGGAGAAACAAGCCUUAGCUGAUCAAAAGAAAGCAAAGUUUAACCAAGCAGAAGGGGACCAUUUGACCUUACUUGCGGUCUAUAAUUCCUGGAAGAACAAUAAAUUUUCUAAUGCUUGGUGCUACGAGAACUUUGUUCAGAUGCGAACUUUGAAAAGGGCACAGGAUGUGAGAAAGCAGCUUUUGGGUAUUAUGGAUAGGCAUAAAUUAGAUGUAGUGAGCUGUGGCAAGAAUGUAGCUAGAGCACAAAAAGCCAUCUGCUCAGGCUUCUUCCGUAAUGCAGCCAAGAAGGACCCCCAGGAAGGUUAUCGCACACUGGUUGAUUCUCAAGUGGUUUAUAUUCAUCCGUCAUCUGCUCUCUUCAAUAGGCAACCAGAAUGGGUUGUGUACCAUGAAUUAGUGCAGACUACAAAAGAAUACAUGCGUGAAGUUACUACAAUUGACCCGAAGUGGUUGGUAGAAUUUGCACCUUCACUGUUCAAACAGGGUGAUCCUACGAAACUCAGUAAAUACAAGAAAAACCAGAGACUGGAGCCGUUGUACAACAAAUACGAGGAACCAAACUCUUGGAGAAUAUCUCGAGUUCGCAGGAGAAGAAACUGAUUUCUUCGGAUUUAUGUUGUAUUUAUUUUGUACAGCUUUAUUUGUAAGUUACUAAGUAUUAAUAAUUUGAUCUAUAGUUUUCAUAGUUUGGUGUAAUGUAUUUAUACAUUAAAUUUCUUUUUUUA